AUGUGUGGUACCGUUGCUCCCAUACGUGAGAUUGUUGAUUUGUCCGAGAAAUACGGAGCAAUCACUUUCCUGGACGAAGUCCAUGCGGUCGGCCUCUACGGGCCCCAUGGGGCGGGCGUGGCCGAACAUCUCGAUUACGAUAUCCACCAAGGCGUAAAUGGACAUGGACAGAGCAUGCUUAUGGAUCGAAUUACCCUGGUCAGUGGAGCGCUUGGUAAAGCAUUUGGCACCAUGGGUGGUUACGUCGCCGGGUCCGCAUCUCUCGUCGACAUGAUUCGCUCGCAAGCCCGGAGCUUCAUAUUCACAACAGCACAACCACCAGCCGUUAUGGCAGGGGCGAGAGCUGCGGUCGAACAUCUCUACUCGCAUGACGACUCACGCAAGCAGCUCCAGCGCAACGCUCGUAGUGUCAAGACGGCGCUACGCGAGCACGAUCUCCCGGUCUUGCCGAAUCAAUCCCAUAUAGUACCUCUGUUGAUUGGAGACUCGGUAGUCUGUAAGAAGGUUGCAGAUAUUCUGUUUGACGAGUACAACAUAUACGUACAGCCGAUCAACGCCCCAAGCGUACCCAGAGGACAGGAAAGGUUGAGAAUAGCACCAACGCCGGCCCAUACGUCCAAGCAGCAGGAUCACCUAGUGAGUGCAUUGGUGGAGAUCUGGGACAGAUUGAAGCUGCCGAGCCUGAAAGACUGGCAGCAAGAAGGAGUAUCACCGCUCUCGGAGGUGUUGAGGGAGGAUGAAAUGGAUCAGAUAUGGACACCAACUCAGCUUGGUUUAGAAACAUGGAAAAAGGGUAGCCCGGAGCGCUCGCAGCUGUGUGCGGUUGAAGGGGAAGACACGAGGCUUGGGUGGCACUGA